AUGCGUACCUUUCAAUGGUCGGCCUUUGGGUCGAUGGUUGUGUCGGCGGUGGCUCUUACCCCCAAAGAACUCAUCGCAGCCCCAAGGCGAAGUGAAGCCGUUCCUAACCCAUCAGGAGAAGUUGCGCUGUUUUCCACGUCCGAGUACUCCUGGGAAACCCAUGCAACAUCUUCGUGGUGGAGUCUGCUGGACCUGAAGACUGGAAAGAUCACUCAACUUACCAACGACAGCAAUGUCUCGGAGUUGAUCUGGUCAGGGUCUAGCGACUCGGGUCUUCUGUACAUCAAUGGCACCAACGCGGAAAUCCCAGGUGGUGUCGAGAUCUGGGCUUCAGAUACUUCCAGCUUCUCUAAAUCUGCGUACAAGGCAGCUUCCCUUCCAGCACCACUGUCUGGUCUCAAGACAGCAAUCACCAAGUCUGGUGACAUCAACUUCUUGGUGUAUGGAGAAUCAUAUGCUAAUGGAACUGCCUACAACGAAAAUCUUGCUGCCACACCCCUGAGCUCAGCACGCAUUUAUGACAGCAUUUAUACCAGACACUGGGACUAUUGGCUCACCACCCGGUUCAAUGCCAUUUUCUCAGGAACUCUUCACAGGAAAAGAGCCGGACAGGGAGCCGCAACCAGUUACACUUCUAGUGGAUCUCUCAAGAACCUCGUCGCAGGUGUCAAGAAUCUCGAGUCACCAUCCCCUCCAUUCGGCGACUCAUCCGACUACGAUAUUUCUCCCAAUGGUAAGUGGGUCACAUUCAAGAGCAAGGCCCCUGAGCUCCCACGCGCGAACAACACUGCCUCGUAUAUCUAUCUCGCUCCCCACGAUGGAUCCAAGAAAGCGGUUGCCAUCAAUGGCCCUGAUAGCCCUGGCACUCCUAAGGAUAUCAAGGGAGAUUCUAGCAGCCCUGUCUUCUCUCCGGAUGGUCGCCGCAUUGCCUACCUCCAAAUGGAAGACGUUGCCUACGAAUCAGACCGCCGCACUGUUUACAUCUACACUGUUGAGUCUAAGGAGACAAUCCGCACAUUGGCUAAGGACUGGGACCGGUCACCAAGUGCUCUCAAGUGGACCUCGGAUGGCAAGAACCUCGUUCUGAAUACCGAGGACUAUGCGCGCUCUCGACUCUUCCUGCUGCCCGCUAACGCUGGGGACGAUUUCAAGCCCCAGAACUUCACCGAUAGCGGUGCCGUGGCUGCCUAUUACAGCCUUCCUAACGGUGAAUUCUUGGUUUCCGGCUCUGCAAUCUGGAGCAGCCGAACGAUCUACACAGCGAAGCCAGGAAAGGGCGUCACUGGCCUUAUUUUCUCCGCUAAUACGGUUGACCCUGCGUUGAAGUCCUUGAGCUCCUCUGACAUCAGUGAGUUCUACUACAAGGGUAAUUGGACUGAUAUCCAAUCCUGGAUUAUCUACCCCCCAAACUUCGACAAGUCGAAGAAAUACCCACUUCUGUACUAUAUCCACGGUGGUCCCCAGGGUGCCUGGGCUGACUCCUGGAGCACUCGGUGGAACUACAAGGUCUUCGCAGAUCAAGGAUAUGUGGUUGUUGCGCCGAACCCUACCGGUAGCACCGGAUUUGGCGAUGAACUGACCGACGCUAUUGCGAACAACUGGGGUAGCUAUCCUUACGACGACUUGGUCAAGGGUUGGGAAUACGUCCGCGAUAACUUCGACUUCAUUGAUACCGAUCGCGGUGUGGCAGCGGGCGCCAGUUAUGGUGGGUUCAUGGUCAACUGGAUCCAAGGUAACCCUCUGGGUCGUAAAUUCAAGGCAUUGGUGAGCCACGAUGGAACCUUCGUUGCCGAUGCAAAGAUCUCCACCGAAGAGCUCUGGUUCAUUGAGCAUGAUUUCAAUGGCACCUUCUGGGAUAACCGUGAGAACUACCGUCGUUGGGACCCAUCUGCCCCAGAGCACAUCCUCCAGUUCGAUACGCCCCAGUUGAUCAUCCACAGCGAAAAGGAUUACCGUCUUUCCGUUGCCGAGGGUCUCUCACUGUUCAAUGUCUUGCAGGAGCGUGGUGUUCCCAGCCGAUUCCUGACUUUCCCCGAUGAGAACCACUGGGUCAUCAACAAGGAGAACAGCCUCGUUUGGCACCAGCAGGUUUUGGGAUGGCUCAACCACUACUCUGGGUCAAAUGGCUCUGUCAGUUUGGAUGACACGGUAGUACCUGUUGUGGACUACAAUCCUUGA